AUGUCUGUUGUGAGGACUCUCUUGUUAUCCAUUCUUGUCAUACUUUCUCUUCAUCAAGAGACACCACACAAUCAUCAUCAUCAUUAUCACCAUCACUAUUUCUCCAUAAUAGGUCGAGUAAAGGCUCAAACCAAUGUAAACUCGAAUACUUUCAUUGACAAAUAUUUAAUUCCUCGUCCAAAAGAAGUCACAUGGGAGGAAACAGCCACUAAAUUAUUGAGUUUCUAUAAAUUAAAUUUUGUACUUUAUGUGAAAGGUACCAAAGUCGAUCGAACGCAAUUUCCAGUGGUGGACACGGCUUUGAAACGAUAUGAAGCAUGGAUGUUUAAAUUAUUUGAAACAAAAGGAAGUCCAACAAAUUAUGAUUCCGAUUUUUUAUUUUACAACGAAGAUGUUGUGAUACAAAUUACUGAAGAUGUGACGUAUCCUGUUUUAGAUGUUUUAAACAUUGAUGAAUCCUAUGAAUUGACAAUUAGAACAAGAGGAAUUGUGAUAAAAUCAACUUCUCAAUUUGGAUUUUUGAGAGCAUUAGAAACAUUUUCACAAAUGAUUCGAAGAAAUAUCAAUGACCAAUUUUUCUUUAUUCCAAACACUCCAAUUUACAUCAAAGACUCUCCUAGAUUUAAACAUAGAGGUUUAAUGAUUGAUGUUGCUAGAAAUUAUAUUUAUCCAGAAACCAUCAAGGAAAUUAUUGACCUCAUGUCAUUUGACAAGUUAAACGUUUUGCAUAUUCACUUCACAGAUGCCCAAUCAUUUCCCUAUCAAAUGUAUGGAUCUUUUUCUGAUUUGAGUGACAAAGGAAGUUUCUCAAAAGAAUUAGUCUAUUCCAAAGAGGAUAUUGCUUCACUCAUUGAAUAUGCUUAUUUUAGAGGAAUUCAAAUCAUUCCAGAAUUUGACAUGCCAGGUCAUACCAAAUCCUUUUCAUUUGCCUAUCCAGAAGUUGUAUCUUCAUGUCCAAAGAGACUCGCAACAAAUGUGAAUAAUUAUCCAUUGAAUGUUGCAGAAUCCACUACAUUUGAUAUCAUUGAAGCAAUUUUGGGACAAUGGCAAUCCAAGGACACUUUAAUGGAAAAGACCAAAAUUUCAAAUUCCAUUCUACUUUCGAUCAUGCAUUUGGGUGGAGAUGAAGUCACAAAAGCAUGCUGGACCGAUGAGAAUCCAAUUAUUUUUAACUUUUUCAAUGCCAUGCAAAAUCAAACACAAUUUGGCAAGAUUCAAAAUGGUUAUGACAUUUGGGGUUAUUUCCAAGCCAUGAUUGCUUCUAAACCAAAUUAUCAAAAAUUGACGACCACUAUUUUCUGGGAAGAUUCAUUCUUAAGCAUGGCUCAACAAACCACUCUAUUCAAACCAGAUCCCUCAAAAUCAAUUUGUCAAAUUUGGAGAGAUCCAGCAAAUAUUCGUAACUGUGUCUCUCAAGGUUACAAAACUAUUCUCUCUGCAGGAUAUUAUUUAGAUAUGAUUAACAAUCCUAUUGGAUUUUCACCAAAUCCAAAUCCACCACCCUAUACUUUUGUGGAUACUUGGAAAUCCAUGUAUUUAAUUGAUCCUUUUGAUCAAUUUGUGAAUGUAUCAUCUUCUCUUGAUUAUGUAAAUUCAAUUUUAGGAAUUGAGGCUGCCUUGUGGGCAGAGAAUGUUCACGAUGAAACAAUUAUUUCAACACUUUAUCCAAGAUUAACAGCAUUUGCAGAGAGAGCAUGGAGUGAUCGAUCUGUCAAAGAUCUUACAGAUGCAACAACUCGAUUAGUGAAUCAUCGAUGUCACACUCAAAUCAAAAGAGGAUUUAAAGACAUUCCUCCCAUCAAACCAAUUUAUUGUUCUUACCAAUACAUUUCUGAAGAACCAAAAGAGGAAAUUACUUGGGCCUAUGGAGCAGCAAUUGCCAUGUUUUGCAUUAAUGCAUUUUUAGUUUCAAUGGUGUUGGCCAUGAUGAUUGUCGUAUUUUGUGUCUACAAGAAAUAUGCUUCUUUGAAGAAGGCAUACAGAAAUGAUAUUUCCAUGUCCGAGGACAAGUUGAAUAGUUAUUAUGUAAGGGAAGAUUAA